GCGCUGGGGGACAAGGCGGGGGUGCUGCGGUGGUGGGACGUGGCGUCGGGGGCAGCGGGCACGCACGCGCUCAACCGAGGGGCCAUCCGACGGCUCAGAUUCGCCCCCACGCUCGUCAACUCCAGCAGCUGCGGUCGGAUCGCCGUCAUGUUCAACGACUAUAACUUUGCUCUCUUUGACCUGGACGAGGGUGAGUUUGUGGCGGGGGCGAUGGCCUCGGAGACAGCGGCCUCGCUGCAGGUGUUGGAGAUGGACUGGCUGCCGCUGCAGGGGCCGUGCGCUGUGGGGCCCUCUGCUGCGCGCCAGCUGCUGUGCGUGGCGGCGGCUGACGGCACCGUGCGCCUGCUCGACAUCGCCACCAACGCCCCCCUGAAGCAGCCGUUGUACCGCCUGCCUGCGUCACGCCUGGCGGUGUGGCACCGCUUCCGCCCCUCGCCGCUCUGCUCCGUCGCCCUCAUGCCCGCGCCCUGCGCUCUGGCCUUACGCCUGCUGCUGCACAUGGGCGUGCACCCGGCGUGGCUCGAGGCACCACUGCCCCCCGGUGCCCAGGGGGAGGGGGGCGAGGUGGGCGAGGCGGAGGAGGAGGCGGGUGAGGAGGGCAGGGCACGCGGCGACCUGCUGUCGUACCUGGUGCACCGCGGGCAGCUGCCGGGCGGUGUGGGCGACCCCGCCAUGGCUGAGGUGCUGCUCAAGGGGCUGCAGCCCAUGCGCUUGGCAGGGCGGCUGAUGGGGGUGGAGGCGGCGCGGGCGUACAGCAAGGUGUGUGGGGGCGGGGUGGCGGCGCGCUGUGCGUGUGUGGCGGCGCACUACGGGGACAUUCAGGAGGCGCACUUCUGGCUGCUGCUGCCACACGCGCUGCGCCUCCUCGCCCAGGGUUCAGCGGGGCCACACGCCUUCUGGCCGCCCGACACACCCGCCACCGAUGGCAGCACCACCACCGAUGACGCUGGCACUGGGGGCAGUGCUGGUGGUGGCACAACGGGCCCGGCUGGUGACGAGGCGGAGAGAGAAGCAGGGGGGGGUGGAGCGGGGGACGAUGAGCAGCGCAGUGCAGAGAGUGAUAAGGCUUCUGUGCACGAGCAAGGAGAGGAGAAGAAGCAGCAGCAGCAGCAGCAGCAGCAGCAGCAGCAGCAGCAGGAGCAGCAGUGGAAGAGAGGCCUUGCCCUUGACGCAGCAGCAGGGGCGGGCGGGGAGGGGUACGGGGAGGAGGCGGUGGGGGAGGAGGUGGAGGUGUGGGGGGACGAGAUGGGUGUGCGGCGCAUGGCACUGGAGCGCAUCCACUGGCACAGCCAGGUCACCGGCGCUGAUGCCGCCUCCAAGCGCGUGCACGAGUUCAUCAUGGUGGGCGAUCUGGAGGCGGCGGUGACGCUGCUGCUGGCGACGCCCUUCGACUCGCCCGCCUUCCACCGCGACGCCCUGCGAGCUGUGGCGCUUGCUACUGCCGUCUCGCCCUCCAUGCACCACCUGGCUGCCAAGGUGGUGGCGACCAACAUGGUGCUGGCGGGGGAGCCCCUCACAGCCGUGCACCUGCUCUGCUCCAUCGGCCAGUAUGCCGACGCCUGCACUCAGCUGCAAGCCAUUGGUCGAUGGGUGGAUGCAUCAACGCUCGCAGCUUGCCACCUGUCAGGCGCUGAUAGGGCCAAGGUGCUACAUCGAUGGGCGCAGCACACUCUGAAGAAUGAGCAUGACCUGUGGCGUGCGGUGACGCUGUUUGUGGCGGCGGGCAGUCUGACAGCAGCGCUGAGGGCGCUGAGGGAGGCCCACCAGCCGGACACGGCCAUGAUGCUGCUGCUCGCCUGCCACCACGCGCACGGCCGCCUCGCCCCACCGUCCCGCCGCCUCAGUGCCAGCACCACCGCACCCGUGGCGAUUGGGCGCCACCUGCCGGCCGUGCCCGCUGGAGAGGGGGAUGUGGGCGGGAAGCAGGGCGUGGGGGGCGAGGGUGGAAUGGCGGGGAGGGAGGGAGAGAGAGGAGUGGAGGAAAGGGAGGGACAGGAGGGAGGGGAGGGAUGGAAGGGGACGGAGGGAGAGGAGGGAGUGGAUGGGCCGCUGUGGCUACCGGGAGACUUGAGGACGCAUGGGGAGGAGGAGGUGCAGGUGGUGUGUGGGCUCUUCUCUCAGCACCAGCGCUGGCUUGCUCACCUCUGUGCCCCUCAUGGCUCCGACUGA